CCUCUCCUCCUCGGGACCUCGCGUUACACAAGCAUCACCAGGAACGAGGAAGGCAUGGAAGCCAAGUCGCCAACUGCCCGGUCCCAGACACUGGUGACCUUCACGGAUGUACUUGUGAGCUUCACCAGGGAGGAGUGGCAGCUCCUGGAGCCUUCCCAGCAGGGUCUGUACAAGGACGUGACGCUGGAGAACUACAAGAACCUGGUUUCCUUGGGUCAUCAGCUUGCCAAGCCAGAUGUGAUCCUACAGUUGGAGAAAGGGGACGAGCCAUGGCUGGUGGACAGAGGGAGUCCCCAAAAUGCCCACCCAGAUUGGGAUACUGGAGUUGGAAUCAAAUCAUUAAUUUCCAGUAAGAGCAUUUCUAAAGAUAGACGGUCCUAUGACAUUAAAAUGGAAGGAAUGGCAAAGAAUGAUCUCUGGUAUUUGUCAUUAGAAGAAGUCUGGAAAUGUGAAGACCAGUUGGACAAGUAUCAGGAAAACCAGGAGAGACAUUUGAGGCAAGUGGCAUUCACCCAAAAGAAAACACUUACUCAGCAGAGAGUUGGUGAAAAUGGUAAAUAUGGGGGAGCCUGUCUUCUUCCUGCUCAGCUGGUACUGAGACAGUAUUUCCAUAAACAUGACUCACGUACUAAAAGUUUAAAACAUGAUUUCGUUUUUAGUGACCAUCAGGAAAGAUAUGCAAAUAACAGUAAGGAAUGUGGCCAAACCUUUUGUCAGAACAUUCACCUUAUUCAGUUUGCAAGGACUCAAACAGGAGAUGAAUCCUACAAAUGCCCUGAUGAUCAUAACUCUCUGCCUCAUGGCACAUCCCUUGGUAUAUCGAAGGGAAUACAUAGAGAGAAACCCUAUGAAUGUAAGGAAUGUGGGAAAUUCUUCAGCUGGCGCUCUAAUCUAACCAGGCACCGCCUUAUUCAUACUGGAGAAAAACCCUAUGAAUGUAAAGAAUGUGGAAAAUCUUUCAGCCGCAGUUCUCACCUCAUUGGACAUCAAAAGACUCACACUGGGGAGGAACCCUAUGAGUGUAAAGAAUGUGGAAAAUCGUUCAGCUGGUUCUCUCACCUCGUCACCCAUCAGAGGACUCAUACGGGGGACAAACUGUACACAUGUAAUCAGUGUGGCAAAUCUUUUGUUCAUAGCUCCAGGCUUAUUAGGCACCAGAGAACUCACACUGGAGAGAAGCCUUACGAAUGUCCUGAGUGUGGAAAAUCCUUCAGACAGAGCACACACCUCAUUCUACACCAGAGAACUCACGUGCGAGUGAGGCCCUAUGAGUGUAACGAAUGUGGGAAGUCUUACAGCCAGAGAUCUCACCUGGUUGUGCACCACAGAACUCACACUGGACAGAAACCCUUCGAGUGUAAAGACUGUGGAAAAUGCUUUAGUCGAAGCUCUCACCUUUUCUCACAUCAGAGGACCCAUACUGGGGAGAAACCAUAUGAAUGCCAUGAUUGUGGGAAAGCCUUUAGCCAGAGUUCUGCCCUUAUUGUGCAUCAGAGAAUUCAUACUGGAGAGAAGCCAUAUGAAUGCUGUGAGUGUGGGAGAGCAUUCAUCCGGAAGAACGACCUCAUUAAGCACCAGAGGGUUCACGCUGGGGAAGAGACCUAUAGAUGUGACCAGUGUGGAAUUACCUUCAGCCAGACCUCUCCAUUUGUAGUCCAUCAGAUAGCGCACACUGGGGAGCAGUUCUUAACUUGUAAUCAGUGUGGGGCAGCGCUUGUUAGUAGCCCUAACCUUAUCAGAUACCAGACAAGUAACAUCAGAGAAAAAACUUACUAAUGUAAUGAAUGUGGAAAACUUCACACAGAACCGUGACCGUAUUUUGCAUCGGGCAGCUCCUGCAGAGACACUGUAUAGAUGUAAUCUUCAUGGACGUGCUUUUAGUCUCAUCACUACCCUUUUCCGUACUACAGAAUUGGUCCUGGAGUGGGGGGAAAACUCAGAUUUCACAUUAGUACAAAAAUACAUAUUUUUUUCUUUCCACAAACUUCUACAAAAGUAAUUGGCCUGGGAGCAUUCUUGAGCAAACCUUAAAUGCUAAAACCCAAGAAGGAACCAUUAAGUAGUUGAGUUGUUGAGAGAUGUCCAGCUUAGGUACUUUCUUCAAAAAAAUUAAUGAGUAGUUGAUUGGAAGAAUAGAAAAUAUCAUUAUUGUAACAAAAGAUGGAAAAUAAUAUUCCAGUGAAUUAACAUGCCACUUUUCACUUGAUCGUCCUCCUCUUCUUGGACACUUACUAGUGUUUAGUGUGUUUUAUGUGUCUGAUAAUAACCACAUAUUGUUUAGCCGGGGAAAUGCUUAUAAUGGAAAACAGAAUGAGAAACGCAUUUACUAGUAGUACCCAUUUUAAAAUGUAUCUGCAUGUAGGCAAGAAUUGGAAAAGUAUUUAUAGAUAAAUAAAUAGAUACUGGGAUUAGGAGUGAGCUUUAUAGUUUAUUCAGUGUAACUAAUAAUUUUGGAAGACAUUUUUAAGUAUUAAAAAAGGAUAUCUAGUUUCUCUAUUCCACCAUCAAGGAAGCUUGAGAACCACCCACUAGCAAACUUUCACAUUAAUUCUAAGCUGUUUGGGUCAUGGAGUUGUGCUCCAUCAGACUGGGUGCUAAAGUCUCCUGGGAAUUUAAAAACAGUGAUUCUCUGGACGUUGGAACCUAGGGGAGCUCUGGGUAUUUGAACACGCCUGGGAGGGUCUCCAUUUCAGCAGGAGCAGGCACCUGGGUAAUACUUAGAGCUUGUAUGCUCAUGUGAUAAACACAGCACUACCCACAGGCACCCUCCUUCCAAGAUGUCUUCUUUGUAAAGAAGACAGUGGUUAAGAGCAUAAGCUUGAGCUAGACUACCCUAGUUGAAAUCCAACCUCUGUCCUAAACAUUUGGGGUGAACUUGGGCAUGUUACCUAACUUAGAGAUACCCUCUUCUGUAAAUUAGGAAUAAUAUUACCUCUUAGGAUUGUGGUGAGAAUUACAUGAGCAAACAUAUAAACCCCUUAGAAGAGUGUCUGCCAUACUAAGUGCUUUAUAAUUAUUAGCUGUGAUUACUAGUAUUACUGUCAUUGCCCCAUGCCAGUGUCUGUUCAUUUCAACCUCGUUUGGUAAUUAGAAGUUCUUGAGUUCUCAAUUCCCUUCCAGUCAUACAUGUUUUUCCCUUUUACAUACAUCAGCACUUAUCAGCUUUAGGAUAUCACUGACGCUUAGUGGGUGUAUGAAUUCAUUUCUGAGGAUCCAGAAACAAAUUUUAAUAUUGUUUUCAUAGAGAUUUUCCCUUCUGGGGAGAGGAUCCUAAUCUUCAGAUUCUCUGGCUAAUCCAUGUCCAUAAAAAGAUUUAGGAAGAGAAUCUGUUUUAAUUCUCUGGUUGGUUCUAUAAAUGGUUCUCCUGUGUGUUGAAUGAUAAAUAUUGCCAAGACCAACAGGACAAAUAUCUUGAUGUUUCUUCCAGAAAAAAUCUAGAAGUGAUUAUUAGACUCACAAGACCUCAGAACUAACUACAACGAACAUGAGACCAUCCAACUCGUACUUUUCAUUGUACAGUUGAGACACUGAGUUGGCUCAGGGCUCACACUGUGAGUGACUCAGACCCAGGACUUGAUUGCGGUCCCUCAGUCACUGCUGCUGUCUUCAGCGCUUCCAUACCUUUCACAUGUGUACAGACAUCUACAGAACUAGUUUUCAUCGAAAGCACUGGUUCCGAUGGGAGAGGAAGAGGAACCCCUGAACUUGGCCCCUGAUAAUUUCUGAUAACCUGUGGCUCAACUUCCCUCAACUGUGUAAUGGAGAUGCUACUAGUACCUACCUCAGAGAGUUGUGUGGAAUAGGAGACGAUGUGUGUAAUGUGCUACAACAGUGCCUGGGACGUAGUGAGUACUGUAUGUGUUAGCUAUUAAUCGUAAUGACACUACUAUUACCAACAUCAUAAAGAAUGUAGGAAGACAUAUGUGUCUAUGGAUGAUCACUGAAACAUCACUUAUGACAGUGCAACAUUUGCAAUAUAAAAAACUAUAAUAGCAAAGUGGUUAUUUAUAGUAUAUCCAUGUAAUAUGCAGGCAUUAAAAUUACACAAAGUUUCAUAACAGGAAAAAUGUUGAUGCAGGCAUGUUAUGAAAAAGCAUGAUAAAUAAUUGUCAGUAUGGAAUAAGUUCAAAUAUGUAAAAAUAAAUGGAUUGUAAAAAGUGAAAUGAAUCGAUCAAACUGAGGAAAUUUUGUCAGAUUGAUAAUUAGCCUACAUAUUGGAAUUAGCCCUCACAUUUUUUUUUUUUUUUUUACUUUUCUGUUCUUUCCCAAGUCUGUUAAAAAAAACACACAUAUACAUAUUACUUUUAGGGUCAGGAAAAAUCUCGUGAGUGACAGAAUAUUUUCUCUUCGAAAGUUCUUAUCUGUAAAUAAGCUACUAGAACCUUAAUAAAAGAACUUGGCAAAGCCACA